GAUCGUGAGGUCUCGUAUCUGGGCUAUCAAUUGGGCUUCCCCACGGCGGUCUUUUAUCCGCUCUGGCGAGUUGGGGUUGAUCAUAAAGAUAGCAGUUUAGCUCUUCCGGGGGUGUUUUAAAGGGGACGGUUCUUGUCGGGGUGGAUUGUCACUACGACCGCUACAGUUCACGAAAAAGGAAUACGAAGAAAACAGUGCUAAACGGUGAAGGAUGGAGCGCGAUAACUCCCCAGACCAGGACGUCAUUUCCUGUGCCCCAGGAACUGUGCUACUGGAGGAUAGGACACGAGGAGACGAAAUAGUCCUCUUCCCCACGCCAUCCGAAGACCCCAACGACCCACUCAACUGGUCCUCAGGUCGCAAGUCCGUGAACCUAGGCCUCGUGUGCUUUUUCGUCCUCUGGACCUUCGUCGAGCUCGACAUCGCCUUCACAGCCUGGGGCCCCUUGCAAAGCGAGCUAGGCUUCACAAUCGACCAGCUCAACGCCGGAGCAGCAGUCAACUACGGCGGCCUAGCCAUCGGGUGUAUCUUCUUCGUGCCGUUGGUGCACAAGUACGGUCGUCGCCCGGUGUACAUCGCGAGCACCACGCUGCAGUUCGCGUCUUGUAUCUGGCAGGCGCGGACUAAGACGGUGGGGGACUUUAUUGGGUGUAAUCUUGUCUCGGGCGUGGGGAGCGCUAUCAGUGAGAUUAUUGUGCAGAUCACUAUCGCUGAUUUGUACUUUGUGCAUCAGCAUGCGACGAUGAAUGCGUAUUUUGUGCUUUUUCAGUGCAUUGGGACUUUUCUUGGCCCUGUUGCGGCUGGGUAUAUUAUUAUGUCGCAGGGAUGGCGGUGGAUGUGGUGGUGGUGUGUUAUCUUCCUAGGUGUUACUCUGGUCUGCGUGAUCCUCUUCUUCGAAGAGUCGAAAUACGUCCCUGUUCUGAACAGCCAGGAAGUGACCCCAUCUUCAUCACGCGCACAAAACCACAUCUCCGCAGGAAAAGACGGAGCAGAAAUCCCACCAAAACUCACAGAAGACAACAGCACAGCCAACCCCAAAGAACCACCACCCCAAAACCACAUCCCACGCCCCAACUCCUACCGCCAGCGCCUCGCCCUCUACACAAAAACCGACGAGUCCCUACUCCCCUACUUCCGACAACCCAUCAUCGCGCUCUUCGCCUUCCCCGCGGUGACCUACACGGCCAUCACAUACGGCACGACGCUCGCCUGGUUCGCCAUUUUCACCUCCAUCCAAGCCACGUAUCUCAUCGAGCCGCCAUACAGCUUCGACGCGACAGGCGUGGGCCUCAUGAACGUGGCCCCUUUCAUCGGGGCCGUCGUGGGCUUCUUCCUCGGCGGGUAUCUCAGCGAUAGGAUGAUUGUGGUCUUGUCGAAGCGGAAUGGGGGGAUCUAUGAGCCGGAGAUGCGUCUUUGGUUGGCGCUGCCGGUGGCGGUUACCAAUCCGGCGAGUUUGUUGAUGUUGGGGCUUGGGCUUGCUUAUGAAUCACACUGGAGUGUCAUAGCCGUAGGAUACGGCAUCUUCGGCUUCGGCUUCGCUGUGAUCGGCGAGACGACGCUCUCCUACCUAAUGGAUAGCUACCAGGACAUAAUCGGCGACGCCCUCGUAGGCGUAAUCUUCACGCGCAACAUCCUCUCCGUAAUCGUCCUCUUCGUGCUCACACCCUGGGUAAACGGCAUGCACAUGCAGAACACGCACAUCCUGGUCGCAGUGCUAUGCUUCGUGGUCCUGCUGCUGCCCGUGCCGCUGCUGCUGUGGGGGAAGAAGGCGCGUGUGUCGACGGCGAGCCGGUAUAGGCGGAUGGCGGCGAAUCAGCCUACGCAUCGGGCUGCUUGAGUGGUAUUUUGUGAGUUGAAUGUUGUUGUCUUUGGUUUUAGUAGGCGUUGGAUGGCUUGUUGAUAGUACAGUAUAU